AUGUCUGGUGCAGGCAAGCGUCGUCGCCGAGGCGGCGGCCGCACUCGUCCUAAUAACGAAGGAAAUGGGAACGAAAACCCUCAGAGUAAUGCUCAAUUCGAUGGCACGUCUGGGCCAGGAGGUGCUGGUCAGCGCGCUGGCGUGAACUCUCCUCCAAGGUCGCCACGCGCUGGGUCACCGCCAUCUCGUGGUAGGAGCCCAGCUCCAGCAACUCCAACUAUUGGAAGUAUCGGCCAGGUUAUGCAGGGUUCGAAUCUUCCUCUGCGAGACCCUGCUCGGGAUCCAGAGAGGGCCUCGAGAAUCACAGAUAUGUGUCGAAAUAUCGACCUGCCAGCGGAUGCCUAUCUGCUAAAUCCAGAAGUAAGCAUAUUUCUCCGUCUUGUCACUGGGGUCACUUUACCUUGA